AAAAGAGCUAUGUUAAAUAAACACAGUGUUUUAGUAUAUAGUAUUAUGUUCAUAGAAAGACUAUUGUUUUCAUUUGUGAUUUUUCAUUCUUACUGUUAUUAUUAUGACUUUAUAUAGGCUAUUAUCUAGAAUUUUUGCCUAAUUUUUUCAACAGUGUGAAGAAAUAAGAGAUGUCUGUGUAUUGUGUUACAGGGAUAUCUACUGACGUUAGCAUGCUAAUCAGCUAGCCCCAGUCUGUUCUAUUGACAUUAGCAGUUAGCAGUGGUUAGCCAUUUGCCCCUAUUUCUUUGGAUUAUGAAUUCAAAAGGGUAGCAAAUUCAUAAACAUUGCACCUUUUAUGAUGUAUUAUUUUAUCUUGAAUUUAUAUUUUGUUUAUUGAAAGUAGUUUAUAACUAUGGGCCUAGCAGCAAUGUAGAUAAAUGUGUCAAAAAGUAAAAUACUGUAAAUAAUAAUUAAAAAACUAAUUACAUUACAUACAGUACAUGAUUGCCUGAUGAAAUGUUAUGGAGUAGAAGUCUAAAGUAUCAGAAAAUGGAAGCACUCAAGUAAAGUACAAGUAUGGCAAAAUUGUACUGUACAUGUAUGGUACUUAAGUGAAUGUAUUUUUCUGCUUGCCACUACUACUGCAACAACUGCAGAUGAUGAUCUUGAUCAGAGUUAGAAUUAUUCAGGGGCACAAACCAGGUGAAGACGACAAAGUGUCUAAAUAAAUAAUAUCAGUUUAUAUUUUGAUUUCAAUGGAUUCAUCCUGUUACAUAUCUCUCACAGUUCCAGAUUAAACAAAUGGUUUGAUGAUAAAAGUAUGUGUUUCUUCACUAUCAAGAAGCUGGUGUGCCUGCAGGGAGACAGAUAAGAAAUGUACCCAGUGUAGAUAGGGCUAACUGAAGACGGGUUGCGUCUGAAGAUAAAAGAGAUGGGGCCUCCUUCCCACGCAAGCCGAGCUGUCAUCAGUACACUUGUUCAGCUUGACGGAGGAGAACACUGCCGCUAUGUUUCAAGCAUUUCUCAAAGGCCUGGGAAAGCCCAACGGAGAGCUCCAUUUUGUGGGGAAGAAGGAUGAACUGAUUGAAGCAAAACGUACUUUCAGAACACUAGACGGUCGGGAUGUACUGAUCAUCCACCACCAGGGAGCCUUCUUUGCUAUGGACUCCUACUGUUAUCAUUCUGGGGGAAUGCUGCAGAAUGGAGACAUUGAGGAAUUUGAUGGCAAGAUGUGCAUCGUUUGUCCAAGGCACAAGUACAAGAUCUCUCUGGCCAAGGGGGAGGGCAUUUACAAGGCCAGUGACCCCAGGGAAAAGCCGCCUGUGCCCAGAUGGUACUCCAAAGGUGUGAAACAGCGGACCCACACUGUCACCGAGACCAACGGGGAUGUCUACGUCAGGCUCUCCACAGAGUCGUGCUGGAUCGACUCAGACUACUACCAGGGAGAGAAGGGCAAGAUAGCGAGGGCCAAAGCGGAGGAGGAUGACGCGGAAACACCUUAUGCAGACGAAUGAGGAUGGGCAUCCCGAUAAUCUUAAUGUCAGACAUACAGUUAGUGCUCUACUUCAAGUAAUCACUGUGGCUUGCAUGGCCUUAAAUAAUGAGCUUUUUAAAUGUGUUUUGGUUUGUUUAGAAUUUUAAAUGACAUUUUUUGGGGGCUUUCUUGUUAUUUACAUGAUUUUCAGAUGUUUUACUUGAUAAAUCAGGUCACAUAUGUUAAUGACACACGCGUUGCAAACCUCAAAACCGUCAUGUACCUCAAAACUAUCAUGUGGCUCAAUAAAUAAGCUUUUUGUUUAUGGAUGAAAUCUGAUCUCUGAUUCUCUGUUCUCAAACUGGGCAGUGGCACAAGACAGCUGAAUGUGUGCCCACACUGGUGUAUCCCCGUGCACUUCAAUAGUCCUCAUGUAUUAUGCAUACACUGAAUGAAUCAAUGGGAUAAAAAGGUUUAUGCUGAUCCAUCAUAUCAUAAAGUGGAAAAUCAUUGGUGUAAAACAAUAAGAUCA